AGAGUCUUGGUGUUCUCUUUGACAGGGCUUUUAAUUUUGAUAAACAAAUCUCCUCAGUAGUCAGAGGUAGCUAUUUUCAACUUCGACAAAUUGCAAAAGUAAAGGCCUACCUACCACAAAAGGACCUUGAGACAAUUAUACAUGCGUUCAUAACCUCCCGUCUGGAUUACUGUAAUUCCCUGUAUAUAAGCUUAGACAAAGCAUCCAUUAAACGCCUGCAGCUAGAUCAAAAUGCUGCUGCUCGCCUGCAGACUAGGACAAAAAAGAAAGACCAAGAAUCAGUGUCUUGCCCAAGGACACUUCGGAAUGGAGAAUUGAGGUGCCGGAGAUCGAACCACCAACCUUCUGGUUUGCAGCCACCCGAAACGUGUCAUUGCACCUUUAACGGUUCCUGAUUUGUGUUGUCAUGGUGACGACAGGCAGGAACGCCGGAUGCACACGCGCACAGAAAGUUUGGACAAAGUUUAGUUUGAUCAACUAAAGAAGCAGAAGAGUUCAAAUGACUCAUGAGUUCGAAGGAGUCAUGAGUCUCUCCAAGCACAACAGUGAUCAGCAGCUUUCAUGCCCUGUGAUGACAAGAGCACUUGACAGGAGCGCUGCAAUCAUUGAGCUGCUGAGUAAACGCAGAGAGGACGAGCAACUGAAAGUAGAGAUACAGGACCGUGAAGGGAGGUCGGAGAGUUUGCAAAAGCGCAUGGAUGAGCUGCAAAAGGACCACAGCAAAGCCCAGGAGUUAUACUUGAGCUUUGACAUGUUCCUCAAGGAGGCAGAUGUCAAUAAAACUGUAGAGAAAGCAGAGAAGGAGAGGAGAGAGGCUCUCCAGAAGGACAAACAGAUAGAGACAUUAAAGAAGGAGAAGGCUGAACUGAUGCAGAAGAAGCACAAGCUGGAUCAUCAGGUGCAGAGACACACUGUGUACCGGGACAUCAUGGAGCAGAUGGUGGCAAUGACCAAGUUCAAAGAUGCAGAGUUGCUGGCGGAUAACUUGGAGAGUCAGCUGCACUUGAGAGAGCAGCUCUGUCAGAGGGAGAGAGAGGCAGAGGAGCAGGUUGAGCUGCACAGAAAAGCUCUCGCAGCUCUGGACAACCAGCAGGACUUGAUGCAGCUGCAAAGGAGCAACCAGCUGUCCCAGCUCCAGGCCAGGCUGGACGAGACAAACUCUGGAGCGCUGAUCUGGGAAAGGAAAUGGAACACCAUUCAGGAAACCGCAGCAAAGAAAAUACUCCUCCUGGGACAGAUGAAGAUGGCGACUCUCAACCUCUAUGAAGCAACAGGUGGCAAAAUAGAAGGAGAAGAUGGUGUUGGGAUGAAUGACACUGAGAAACAGCUGGACAAGAUCAAAAUGUUCAUCCAGGACCAUCAGGACAUAGUGCAACUACAUCACACUCCCUCACAGACACAACGAUGGACAGAACCAAAGAGUCAGAAAGUGCCUUUCAGCCCACUCGGAUAAUCUAAUAAUUUACAUUUCAAUUUGAACUUAAACCUAAUAAUCAAUGCUGCUUUGAAACUGAUUUUACUGAACAAGCAUCACUACUUCAGGAUUCAUUCUAAGCUCAUCCAGUUGUUCUAAAGCAAAACUCUAUUUUUAGAGUUAACUGAGUUUUAAAAUUGAAGACAAUGAACUUCAAUUAAGUAAUGAAAAUAAAUGAUGCAGCCAAAAACUGAAUAAUCAUUUGGACAAGGAUUCCUAGUUGGAUUUGCCUCGUAGUGUAUCAGAGUAAAAAGUAUCAGACUCUGUGUAAUUAACCAGACCUUUUCAUUCCAGAACUUAGAGCAGUGUUGCAUUAUACACAGCUCUUGAUCAAGAAAAAACGACAAUUAAUGUUCUUGCCUGUUGAAGUUUCCAUAUUUCCUGAAAUUAAAUAACGAGAGCCAAGAGCAGUUUCCUUACUAUUUGUUUGCAGUGCUGUGUUACUAGUGAACAUCUAAAAAAAUAGUAGAUUUCUUUCACUUGAUCAUCUUCAAAAACAAUUGAAAUUGAGUUAUAACAUACCUGUGUCUUUGUGUGUGUGUGUUUUGUGGUAUUCAUACAAAUUGGGUUCUUAAAUUUAACCAUUUAGGAACUUCUGCUCUGGUUACUUACAUAAUUUGAAAAAUAAUACUGGUUCUCUCUUCCAUC